AGAAAAGAAACCCCGCAAAAGUCCACGUGCGGAGACCCCGGAAACGUACUUACUUACAUGUACUGUCCUGUCCGUACAUCUCUGCCGCUGUCUUCUUGAUUCGACAGCGCGAGAGCGACGGUCAUUUGUCUUCCAGGACCGAUAAUGCUUCAGGAUAUGGAUACGCCGAUUACGCACAUGAAAUCCUAUCGAACAACUUAAGGCCGUUGCCAUACUGCUGGUUGAUGUCUGGGUUGGAUCUCGCUCCAGAUCUCUCCGAAGAUCGGAUCUGAUGCCCUGGAUGGUGUGAUCAGAUAUUCGACAUCGCGCUACAUUGGCAGCAUCAGCAUCAGCAUUGCCAGUAGGCAUAGUCUAUCAUGAUGGAUCCUAAGGAUGUGGCAGAUCCGCAGUCGACAUCCUCUCAGGGAGUUGCCAGCGGCCAAUCCGGUGGGGUCAAACGCCGCCGCAGAAGAAAUCGCGUGGCGUGCGAUGUAUGCCACGCUCGACGCGUCAAGUGUGAUCUAGUUUUCCCCUGCAGACGCUGCUUGGAUUCGCAUGUCAGGUGUGAGUUCACCAGAGAACUCAGAAAACGCGGGCGAAUUCCACGAGCCGUUUCCAAGGCCGCUGCAAGCACGUCCAACAAUGUCGCACAUGCUGAAACUCGGAAAGAAAAGUCUUCGGAACAUGCAGAAUCAUUAUCUCGAAAAAUCUCAGUGGCGUCAGAUUCGCGCAGGUCGCCUGCGUUGAACGGAGAAUUGCCCCCAUCUGCUUCACCCGAAGAACAGCCUCCAGUCGUGCAUCCAGAGACUUCGCCUCAAGGAGGUGAAGCUAGCGGAGGCAGUGUCGGUGACGUCUGGCCUUCAACUCAGAAUGUAUCCUACGUGCCUUAUUCAUCAGGGUGGUUAGCAGGAAUAGGCUCUCCCAGUGGGCCAUUUCCUGACCCGGUGGAUAUGCUGGGAACAACUGAAAUUGGUGGUUACCCGUUACUCAGAGGAGUUUCUUCAUUCAACAUGGGCCAAAGUGUCCGACAAGGCUCCAUCCAGUCGUCUUUGAAGUACCCAGUGUUGCAACCUCUAAUGCCUUUUGUGGAACAUCAUCUACCUGCCAAUCUCAUCUGUGAUCUGCUGGAACUCUAUUUUACAAGCGCCUUUUCUACCUGCAUGCAUCCUGUCUGCCACCAUAUUCAUUGCUAUGUCCUCAGGAAGGCAUCCUUCCUUACGAGGGAUUAUCCGCGCCCGAGCAGUCCUGCCCUUCUGGCAAGUAUGCUUUGGGUAGCUGCUCUAGAUGACCGUGCUUUUGGCUUAUCGAUUUCGCCAUCGAGGCGGAGAAAAAUCUGCCAGUUCCUCUGCGCUCUUACCAUUCGACUUCUGAGGCCAUUGAUACAUGUCGCUUUCAAAGGGGAGGGCAUUCCGACCUUUGGUAAUGAUCAUUCAUCUCCCUCUGCGAUCUUCGAAGCUCCUACGACGAGGGCUCAGUCCUUCGAGGGCGCGGGCGGUGACGAUCGAGGGCUGGUCGGUCCGGCAGGGUCUCUAGACGAUGUUAUCACGUAUAUGCAUGUGGCUUCAAUCAUAUCAGCUAGUGAGCAGAAAGCUGCAAGUAUGAGAUGGUGGCACGCCGCCUUCACAUUAGCAAGAGAACUCAAGCUGAAUCAGGAGCUGGACGCUGAUUUCAAGGCCAGUUCUAUGGAAAGCAUGAAUGACCCAUUCUACUUUGGAGAGAAUGGCGGCAUGGACGCUGCGCAGAAUCUCGACUACUUUCAAUUCACUGGCCAAGGUCGACCAAGCUUGAAUUGCGUGUGCACGAGAACGCGUGGUCCCCUCAACCCCAUAACCGAGGAAUAUCGAGAAGAAAGGCGUCGAACAUGGUGGCUAUUAUACAUUAUGGACCGACACCUGGCCUUAUGCUACAACCGACCUUUGGCACUAUUGGAUAGUGAGUGUGAAGAUUCUCUGUUACCUCUGGACGAGGGUUCCUGGCAGGCAGGGAUUAUACACAGCAACAGUCCGAAAGCUGACGGCCCACAAUGCUCGAUCAUGGGAGACAAGAACAAGCGCAGGGUAUUCCCCGAUUUCCGCUGCAAUGAUCCGUCUUUAUUCGGCUUCUUCCUGCCUCUUAUGACUAUAACGGGGGAACUGAUCAAUCUUAACCAAGCAAAAAACCAUCCUAUUCUAGGCCUGCGUCUACAGGGGAAGGAGGCAUGGGACAUCCAAGUGAACGAGAUCCUACGGCAACUCGACAUCUACAAGACCAGUCUCGCCGCGUUUCCCUCUAAGAACCCAGAUGUCGAAGGUGCGCCUGGGUCAAACUUCCAGCCGGACACAGUACCUCAGCAAACAAGCCCAAUAGAGGAAGCAGUCCCUAAUAGGCAACCAAGCGCGGCACAAGACUUCUUUUCGCAGUCGUGGCAUAUACAGACAGUUACUGCCUACGCUUCCUACUUAGUACAUGUCCUACACAUCCUUCUUGUCGGAAAAUGGGAUCCAGUUACCCUUCUCGAGGACCAGGACUUCUGGACAUCCUCGCCGGCGUUUGCCUCUACAAUCUCGCAUGCUCUUAGUGCUGCCGACUUCGUCGAGCAAAUCCUCCGUUUCGACCCUGAUGUGAGCUUCAUGCCGUAUUUCUUUGGUAUCCAGCUGCUUCAAGGCAGUUUCCUGCUCCUUCUCAUCGUGGAUCGUCUCCAAAAGGAGGCUGGGGAAGGUAUUCUAAAGGCAUGCGAAGUUGUUAUCCGUGCGACUGAAUCUUGCGUGGUGACAUUGAACACGGAGUAUCAGAGGAAUUUCAGGCAGGUUAUGCGGAGUGCAGUUGCUCAAGCCCGGGGGCGUCCCGUCAACCACAGCGACAUCUUGCAUCGCAGGAAGGCCGUGCUGGCACUAUAUCGGUGGACAAGGAAUGGUACUGGACUGGCACUAUGAAAUAUUAGCCGAUCUUCUCUUCUCGCAGUAACCACAUAACGAGUUAGGAAACAACGUUAUACAUAUACUCUGCAUUUGUACAUAAGUAAUGAUAAUGGACAAGCG